AUGAAAUCAAUUAAGAUAAAAUCAAAAGAUCUAGUUGAAAAAACCAAAUCAUCCAAGAAAAAAGCAAAUCCAAUUAUUAUUACGGUUAACGUAAAGCACCCACCUGAUCUGGAUGUAGACUACUUCGUUUUGAAAAAAAAAACGCGCCCUCAAAAAUUUUCAAAUGCCUUCGUUUUUUAUAGGACUGCGUAUAACCAAACACUGCGUAGUAAAGGAAUAAAAUUAUCUCAAAGCGAUGUUUCUGCGUCCGCGAGCCUGGUGUGGAGUGGUUUGUCAGCCAAAAUCAAAAAUUUCUAUUUUGACUUUGCGUCUGAUGUGCGUAAACGAUAUAUGUCUAAGUAUCCGGUCUCAUAUUAUCGGUGUGAAUAUAAGUCUGAAUCUAAGUCUAUGAUUACAUCGAAAGAUGAACCCAAGAAAUUAAAAAAAUAUAAUUUUGUGUAUGAAAACGAAAAUCCAAAAAUCGUCAAGAAUAUUUCUUUUCAAAAAACACAGUUACAAAAAGAGGUUCCAUCUCAAUUGGACAUCGCCAUUAAUCCACCCGAUCCAUCUAAUUCAUCUAAUUCAUCUAAUCCGCCUGCUAAUGUAAACGAAAAUAUUCUUACAGGGCAACCUUCACUCUUUAAUGAAAAUCAUGCUUUAUGGACUAGUUAUCAAAAUUUAUUUUGCAGAGAUGAAACAUUUCAAUUGGUUACUAUGAAUUCGAAUCACUCGUUUCCUUAUAAUGAAAGAUUCAAUGAUAGCUUUGAAUACGAAAAUCAACAAUUACUUAACACUUUUGACUUUGAUGCACAUUACAUUGAUAAUUACAUUGAUAAUUACAUGCAUUUUGAAUAG